CUCUGCUAGAAGACCAGCUAGCCGGCAAUCCAUGCUGUGCUCUUCAGGACCAGGCUGCUCUCUUGCUGUUCUCCAGUACAUGGCCGAGGAGAUCUAAUUAAUCCCAGGUGACUUCCAUCCAGGUGUGAGCUGCUUCACUAUGAGGGCACAGCCUCCUCAUACCCGCUCCGACCGGGCAUGGGUCAGCAGAUGGCUGGAGGUGACCACAGCAAGUCUGAAGGAGCUCCAUCUAAUGAGGCAAGAGGCAGAGGAGAAGGUCAGAGGAGUCCUGGAAGAGAAAGAAAGGUCCGAGAAGAGGGAUCGGGACGGAUGGCAAGGGAUGGGUGCAGAGGAAAGUAUGGCUUAUGCUAGAUGGAAGAAUUUGGAGAUGGAUCAAACAAAACCUAGGAGUUUGGAGUUGGCCCACAUCCAGGAGGAGGCUCUUGUCAGACUGAGAAAAUGUAAACUCGAGAACUUUCAAGAGAUGACUCCACCACAGGACAUAGAACUGGACUACAGCUCAGAAUCAAGUUGCUUCAAACAAGCAAUCAUGGCUGACCUGGUAGAAGGGCUGCAGGCCAAAGUUCAUACAAGAAAGUGGAGUGUGGAGUCACCUAGACCUGCUAAGACCAUACUAGAACAGCCACAGGAAAACUCCAUCCACCUUCCACAAAGUCUUGGGAGACAGAACCAAGCACCAGCUGACACCAGCAACCAACGCUGGCUCUCCCAGUCAUCUAUAUGGACCAGAACAGAUGGCCAAGAACUAGAUAAGACUGGGCACAAUGUGGACAAGACUGUGGAGCAAAGCGAAGAGCGAGAGCCUCUGUUUUCAGUAUUUGCCACUGAACCUGCAUCACUGCGCAGAAUUGGAUCUGGAUCUUUGGCACCUCGACUAAGAUUGGGAAGUUCUGGAGUUACGAGCGAUCUCCUGUUUACAAGACGGAUGUCUGCCCAUAGCUCAGGUACGUGUACAAGUGGCUUUUAUGAGACAAGUGACCUGGACUCCACGUCGUCAUCCUGUUCUUCCCUCUGUAGUGACAUCUCAUGUCACACUUCUGUCUCCUUGAUGUCACCACAUCGAAGCUCUGGGAUGAGGCCAAGGUCUAUAGAUUGUAGCCUGGAAAGGAGAAAGGAGCUCCAAAGUGGAAUGUCACAAACAAAGCGCCCAAUGUCUGCAGGGGCUCUGGAUGGAUACUCUUUACGAUCUUCUAAUUCUCAAUUUGAUCUCGUGCAAACUUAUGAUGUGCCUCCUUGUGACUACCCAUACUCUGGCACUCCUCCACUCUGUGCAAUCCAGCAGCGUCAAAAAGCUGAACGAUAUAUUUGCAAGUUGGCCCUUAAAUACCGCUGCAAGCCAGGAACGUUCACCGUGCGCCCAGACUUUGGUCCACAAACUCCCAGACGUCCAGCUCAGGUCUUUCUUCCUUCAAGUAGCCAUGUCUGCCUUCCUUCACCUCAAAUCUCGUCAUUAUCUUCUAGCUUGGUGGAUGUCCGCAAACACUCCACUGGUUCUUGGGGACGAUUUCUUAGCCGUGUCAUGCUUAAGAAGGAAUCUAGGAUUGCAGCCUCGGAGAUGAACCUUGAACAGUGUGGGAAAAGCUCACGAGACACCCUGCGUAGUCCAUCAUUGGCAGAAGGCCAGUUUACACGUGCAAAGUCAUUCCGUGAUUUGCUGUCUGUCAAGCCGUUCAAGAGAAGCCAGAGAGGGCUGAACAAAGCAUGGUAGGAUCAUCUCCAGCAGGGAUCAGCAGCCUUCGGCACUCCAGCU